CUUCAAAAUGAAACUUUUGCUGGUUUUGCUGUUUACAGAAUAAACAUUUAAAUGCGAGAAAGGAAUUUUAUGUAUUUAUUUAAUUUUGAUUGAAUAUCCUUAAGAUUUUGAAUAUAUAGUGAGAUUAUUGUUAAAACGAUAGCUUUUUUUUGCUGUUAUACGAAUGCAAAACAAGAAUGAACUCGCAGGAAGAUUAUAAUUUGGAAAACAGAGUGUUGGAUUUGAUCUCUAAAAGUUUAAAUGGCAUUACCAAUAAAAUGCUACAAAAUUCCAUACCUGAUGUUGGUGUUGUGCAGCUGGUAGAUGCAUUGAACAAGUUGACAGAAGCUGACAAAAUACAAAUUUUCAACAAAGGAAAACAGUUGUUGUAUAUGGCUAAAGAGCAAAAUUCUUCUGGGAAAUUUAAAACUGAAGAUGUUGAAGAAAAAUUAAUCUAUCAGAUUAUUGAAAAUGCUGGUAAUAAAGGUAUAUGGAUUAGAGAUUUAAGAUUUUCCAGCAAUUUGCCUCAAACACAAGUCAAUAAAAUACUAAAAAAUCUAGAAAGCAAAAAGCGAAUUAAAUCUGUAAAGUCAGUUGCGGCUUCCAAAAAGAAAGUUUAUAUGCUAUAUGACAUUGAACCUGAUCGUACUGUCACUGGGGGAACUUGGUAUAGUGAUCAAGAAUUUGAAUCUGAAUUUGUGGAUGUUCUCAAUCAACAAUGUUAUAGAUACCUUCAGCAAGUGAAAAUAUGUGCCGACAAAUUAAAUGAUCCAGUGUCUCAAAGAAAUGCUUCUUAUAAAUCAUCAAAGGAUAUUUGUAAUUAUAUUAAUGGACUAAAAGUUAGCAAAGUCCAGUUAAGUAUUCAAGACAUUGAAACUAUAUUGGACACUCUCAUUUAUGAUGCCAAAAUUGAAAAGACUGUGAUAUCAAACUUGCAAAAUAAAUCCGGUUCUGAAAAUUUAUAUCGAGUUACAAAGUCGUUAGUAUCAAGCUGCGGGCUAAUGAGGGUACCUUGCGGUGUUUGUCCAGUACAUACUGAAUGUCAUGAAGGAGGUGCUGUGUCCCCAUCUUCUUGUCCAUACUUAAAAGAGUGGUUAGAUUUUUAGGUUCUUACUCUUUCAGUCUUGUCAUAUCAUCGAGGUUUAUAUUCACUUUAACAUUUAACAAAAGUUUUUUUUAAUGGCCAGAAAGAGUGGAAUCAUAAUUUGGAGAAAGCACUGAAUUUCAUGAAGAGGUAGUGACUGUUGGUUCCCCAAGGAAUGGUUGAAAACUUAACUUAUUUUCUGAUAAUUCAGUACUUCUUCAUCCAGAAUAAAUGUCAUUCUUAUAUAUAAAGCGAGCUCUUUUGUAGCAUAUAAGCGAUUAGUGUAUAUAAUAUGCAAGCAUGCUCAAUAAAGCAUUUUUCAAUU